AAAGGGCCAUAGAAGGCAUUGAGGGGGUGGGGCAAAGGCCCCUUCUGCCAGGGGAGAAGGGACUGUGUCUCCCCCGCCCUCCCUGUCUUCCGUCUAGGAGCCUUGACUUUACUUCCUGGUGGACCCUAGGCCCAGCUCAAACACUGCUUCUUGGAACCCAAAUCCCUGCUGUCAGUCUGCUGACCACCCCCCACCUCCCAGUCUGAUUCCCCGGCUCUCACUACCUCCACCUCCACCCUUGUAGCUGGGCCCUUCUUUGCCCAGCCCCAUUCCUUCUACCUCAGCGAAGGUGAGUGGUGGGAAGUCCCAAGUGCAUGAGCAGAUCGACUUACCCAGUCGGGAGCUAGUAGGAUCCUGGGCACAUGAGGAGCCUGGGGAAGCUGAAAGGCACAGCCACAGUGGGUGAUGUGCCUGCUCCUGUCCGACGCCUGUCAGGUUUGCCCUGUGAGAUGAGAAUGGGGAGGGACAAGGUGGAGCUCUUCUCCGGCCUCUCACUGGGGCCCCUCCGGCACUCUCCUCUUUCCCAUCACUAACACGUCCAGGCGUGUGAGAGUCCGCCUCCCUAGGAAACAGGAUAAGCUGCAGGGUACAGAUUAAGUUCCCAGAUCAUGUAGGUGAGUAGGGACACUGAUGAGUCCUGAGUUGGGGUCCUGCCUCUGCAUUCAUUCCUCCCCCACUUCUGGCCCCAGUUUUCCCAGUCCUGCUGCCCGCCUGUUACAUGCUCUCAGCCUUCCCGGGCCUGCACUUAGCAGAAAAGGUGACCCAGAUUACUCAUUCCCCUGGCUGCUCUGUCUUGGCCCAUUUCCAGACUUCUGAUCCUGCUGAGCCCUCGUUUUUCCUCAGUUUCCUACCUACUCCUCUCAUCUCUAACCUCAGGCCCUGCUCCUGUCCUCCCCCAGGCCGCACCGGGGUCUCUCACUGGGCUAUCAGUGACAACUUCCAGUCAUGGUGCUGAGUUCUGGAGGACUCAUGGAGGGGCUUAUAACCUCCUUGAGGAAUUACAACAUACAACCUCCAAGACACCCUGCUACCAGGUUCCACCAGGAUACAAGCUAGGAAGAAAAGAAAUGGUGCAUUGGUAGAACCAUGCCGACAAGAAACUUCUCUGGGUGAAGAGGUCAGGCAAAGCCUGGAAAUGCAGAAAAUUCAGGCGGACCUGGUACACUGAUAAAAAUGGAAGUAAGGCGGAAGAUACCUGCCCAGUCAACAGCUGGAACUGGGGGCUCCCAAGGAGCCAGGACACCAGUGCCCAAGCCCUGCCCACCAUCCCACCCUCGGCCGGGCCUCCCUUUUCCAACAAAGCUGCAGUUUGUGGCUCUCACAGUAGGUGGCAGCAAGUCCAGCACAAAUCACAGAACACCACUGAGGGCUGGGAGCCAGACAAUCCCUAGAAAUUCUCUCCAUAGAAAGAAAAAGACCAGAGAUCAUUUCCUGUCCUCUUACAUCAUUCCCAUUUAUCCUCAGCACACGCUGCCAACACACACACACACACACACACACACACACACACACACACACACAAGCUUCAGUGACUUUUGCAGGCAACUCUGGGCCUCAAUCCCUCCUCCACGAGGAACGCCAGGAACGUCCUUCUUUUCUCCCUCCCCUUUCCCUCCCCUAGACUUUGCCCUUAUUACUGGCCUAGCAGGGGAGGCCAGAGUCCGGGGUGACUCAUCCUCCAUCUCACUGGGGCUGAGAUCUAACAGAAAACACCACCACUUCAGCCCCAGCACAGCAAAGAACCACGGAGCCCAGAAGUCACUGGGAGAGGCAACACUCCUGCUCCUUCCCUCCACCAUGGAGUACCUUUCAGCCCUGAACCCCAGCGGCCUGCUCAGGUCGGUAUCCAGUAUGGGCUCUGAGUUCGGCCGGAAAGUCUGGACUUCAGCUUCACCACCCCAGCGACCUUUCCGAGUCUGUGAUCACAAGCGGACCACGCGGAAAGGUCUAACAGCUGCCACCCGCCAGGAGCUGCUAGACAAGGCAUUGGAGGCCCUGCUCCUGAGCGGGAUGCUAACACUGGUGCUGGAGGAGGAUGGGACCGCUGUGGAGAGUGAAGACUUCUUCCAGCUUUUAGAGGAUGACACAUGCCUGAUGGUGCUGGAGUGUGGGCAGAACUGGAGCCCCAGCAGGAGUGGGAUGCGGUCAUAUGGCCUGGGCCGGGAGAAGCCCAAGCACAGCAAGGACAUCGCCCGCAUCACCUUCGACGUAUACAAGCAAAACCCUCGAGACCUCUUUGGCAGCCUCAAUAUCAAAGCCACAUUCUAUGGGCUCUACUCCAUGAGCUGUGACUUUCAAGGACUCGGCCCAAAGAAAGUACUCAGGGAGCUCCUCCGUUGGACCUCUGCACUGCUGCAAGGCCUGGGCCAUAUGUUGCUGGGAAUUGCCUCCAGCCUCCGCCAUGUAGUAGAAGGGACAGAGCAGUGGCACUGGCAGCGGCAGGGUCGCCUCCAUCCCUAUUGAGAAGAGGCUCUGAGCUUUCUACCCCUAGACUCGUUCCAAGAGACACACUGUGAGGACUGUGACAGCAUUGGCUUUGGAGAUGUGAGGACAGUGCAGAUGAGAUGACUCACCUGAUUUCCCCGCUGUCUUCUAAGCCCAUUGUUAUGGCAUACCAUUGUUAAGGCCUUCCAGUCCUAGCCUAUACCCUGUCCUGAAGAAUGCUCUUUCCUUCCUAGCCAUCUUUCAGGCCUCCCACUUACCCUGAAGGACCAAAGGCCCAUCGGCAUGCAUUUCGAUUCCACCCUGAUCAUUGCUACAUCUCGAUUCUUUGCACCUCCUCCUGCCCCUCAGCUUCCCAAUGCACUGAAUUCAGCUCUCUCUGCCUCUGAGACCUUGAUUUCUUUAUACCCUUCUUUCCCAAAUAACAAAACAGUUCCAAUAAAAAUAUAAAAAAGUA